AUGGACUGGUUGAAAAUUUGCCACAGCAUCGUGCUAUUUUGCUUGGCUGGGGCCAUUAGUUUCCUAGUGCGACGAGUGUACUUCCAUCCAUUGUCAGGAUUUCCAGGGCCGAACCUGGUCGCUGCCUCCAGCUUUCAGCAUUUUUACGCCGUAUGGACUGGGCGAGAAAAGGCCUGGUACCAAAAUUUACAUCGCAAAUAUGGCCCGGUCGUUCGCUGUGGUCCCAACCACCUGACAUUCAAUGAUUUGGAUCUGAUUCCGGUGGUGUAUCAUCGCCAGAGCGACAAGGCAGACUAUCCCCAAGACUUUACCUGUCCGGGUGCAGCCACCAACAAGGCCAACUAUCUUGACUAUGCAGCGGCCAAACGGCAGUUUGGACAGGCAUUUUCGGUAUCGCGGGUGCAGUUGUUUGAGGGUCUGGUGGAUGAAAAUCUUAUCAAGUGGGUUUCCAUUCUCAAUGAGGAAACCUAUACAAACCCCUCCGUAGACUGGGGUACCUGGGUUAAAUAUUUUUCAUUUGAUGUGUAUGUGCCGAUGAGUGUGGGGGAGAGCUUCGGCUUCUUAGACCACAGGUCCGAUGUGCGCAAUAUGUUGCAAAGCAGUCAUCGCAUCUUCCGGCAAUGGACGCUCAGUCGAUAUCGCCCAAUCGCUUGGCUAGCCGCCCAUACGUCCUUGGGUCGUCGUUUAUUUGUUAGUGGCCGCGAUGAUUCAACGGGCAUGGGCAUGUGGACUACUGAAGUGCAUGAUAUUACUCAAAAGCGCAUUGAAGCUUUCAGAACAGAGCAAAAGCCACGCUGGGAACACUCCAUGUUGGAUCAAUGGCUGGCGGCAAAAUCUGCGGUAGGAGAAGGCAUUCCCCUAUCGGAUAUCGAAGACCAGCUUGUUUCUGAUGUACUGGGUGGUCCCUAUGCACUCGCCACCACGAUUAACCAUCUGGUGACCACGAUGGCCAAACAUCCCCAGGCCGUUCAGCGAGCCCACCAAGAGAUCGAUAAUGCUUUUACCCAGCAGACUCUCUCCAGUCCCUCGCCCACCUACGCAGAAUGCUGCGCUCUCCCCUUUGUUGAUGCCUGUGUCCAUGAGGCCAUGCGAAUUACAGCGACGGCCUCUCCCAGAUGGCGCUGCUCGCCUGACAGGCCACUGCGUCUCCUAGGCAGGGACGUCCCUCCGGGCACUGCUGUAGCUACAAGUCCCUUCGCCAUCUCCACUCAUCCUCAGCUCUACGGUGACAAUGCCGAGGAUUUUGUUCCCGAGCGGUGGCUUGAGGCGUCGGAGGAGCAGUUGCGAGUGUGGAAUGCGUAUGAUGCGCACUGGGGAUUUGGUUAUCGUAAGUGUCCCGGACGACACAUAGGGGUCCUGGUCCUAUAUAAGACCUUGGUUACGGUCUUGCGCAAUUUUGAUAUCAAAGAGGGGACUUCAGGGUCUUCUUCCCUACUAAUGCUGCCACGAAAACUUUAA